AUGAGCAACAAACAAAAAAUUUAUACGGCUUUCAUCGUGACUUUUUUCGUUUGCUUAAAAUUUGCUUACGGCUACUCAAACAACGGCUAUGAAACAACACCUGUUAUUGAGAUAAUUGGAAAUAAAUUUUUCAACUCUCAAAGUGGAGAACAGUUUUUCAUCAAAGGAAUCGCUUAUCAGUUACAAAGAAGUGAGGAAGAACUUACAUCUGCAAAUGGGGCUUUUGAGACGAGUUACAUUGAUGCUUUAGCAGAUCCUGAAAUAUGUUUGAGAGACAUUCCGUUUCUUAAAAUGUUAGGAGUAAACACAUUACGUGUCUACGCAAUUGAUCCAACAAAAAAACAUGAUACAUGUAUGGAAGCUUUGUCUGCUGAAGGAAUGUAUGUUUUGCUAGACCUUUCAGAGCCCGACAUGUCAAUAAACAGAGAAAAUCCAUCAUGGGAUGUCAACAUUUUUGAAAGAUAUAAAUCUGUCAUUGAUUCAAUGUCAUCUUUUCCAAAUUUGCUUGGAUUUUUUGCAGGUAAUGAAGUAACAAAUGACCACACAAAUACCUUUGCGUCACCAUUCGUAAAAGCAGCAAUCAGGGAUGCUAAGGAGUACAUAUCACACUCCAAUUAUAGAGAUAUUCCUGUUGGGUAUUCAACCAACGACGAUGCUGUGACGAGGGACAAUUUAGCUAAAUAUUUUGUUUGUGGAGAUAUUAAAGCUGAUUUCUAUGGAAUAAAUAUGUACGAGUGGUGUGGAUAUUCCACAUACGGUACAAGUGGAUAUAGAGAUAGAACAAAGGAAUUUGAGGACUAUCCACUGCCUGUUUUUUUCUCUGAGUUUGGAUGCAAUCUCGUAAGACCAAGACCUUUUACCGAGGUUGGCGCUCUUUAUGGGAAUAAAAUGACCUCUGUUUGGUCAGGUGGACUUGCAUAUAUGUAUUUUGAAGAAGAAAAUGAGUAUGGGGUUGUUAAAAUAAAUGACCAUGAUGAAGUGGAUGUUCUUCCUGAUUUCAAUAACUUGAAGAAAGAAUUUGCAAAGGCAUGUCCUAAAGGCGCUACAAAAGCGCAAUAUAUAACAACAUUAAAAGAAGAUAUGGUACCAAAAAGUAUCGAAUGUCCAAAAAUUGUUACAGGAGUUUGGGAAGCUAAUGAGAAACUACCCGAAACACCUGACAGAGUUCAUUGUGAUUGUUUGGAUGAGAUUUUGCCAUGUGCAGUAGUUCCUUUUGGUGCGGAAUCUGGUAAAUACGAAGAGUACUUUAGUUAUUUGUGUUCCAAAGUUGAUUGUUCUGACAUUCAGGCAAACGGGAAAACUGGCAGGUAUGGCAAGUUCUCUGGAUGUUCCGUUGAACAAAAACUUUCUCUUCAGUUAAGUAAGCUGUACUACAAAAUAGGCACAAAUGAUCGGAAUUGUCCUUUAAAUGACAGAAACAUUUAUUUCAACUUAGAGAGCUUACAGCCCCUAUCAAGCGAGUCAGUCUGCAUAAAGGUUCUUGAUUCUAUAAUGAACACCACUUGCAACAAUAAAGAUUUUUCGAAAUCAGAUCCGGUAAAAACUAAGGAAAGUUUAAACGUGAAGUAUCCAUUAAGCGAUGAAAAGGAAAAUGAUGGCACUAUCUCUUUCAAAACUUCUGGACUUGUUAUACUAUUUGUAUCUAUGGUAGUGGCUGGUGUUGCUCUGUAA